UAAAUAAGAUAAUUCAAUUUUAUAAACAUUUCCAGGAUGAUUUAUCUUUAUUGAAUUAUUUAAGCCUGAGCCCCCAAGCGUCCAUGCCACUUGGCUCCAAAAUUUGAAUAAGCCCGCCCCUUUGCUACCGAAUCGAAAACUUUCACAGCGUAUAAGAUGGCUUUAUUAGCGUAGAAGACCGUUCUCGUCACACUCUCAGCCCCAAAAGCUUCAGUCUUGGCCAAAACGCUGUGCGGUUUAAGCCGAAAGUUGAUCUUAGUUUCGGGCGGCUGUGUUAUUGUUGUGUCUGUGAUACGAUGUGCAUCGAGAUUUUGCGGCACAAGAAGAAGGUGUUGCUGCUGCUACUGCUGACGGUUGCCGGCAGCAUUAUCUUCUACUUGUACACUUUGAGGCUGGAGCGGGAUAAUGCCUCGGCGACGUCAACGUCCACGACAUCGCGACUAGAGCGGGAGAUAAGCGACCUGCAGGCGUUGUUCGAGUCCAAAGUGGUGCCCCAGCUGGGAGAUUUGGGGCGACCGGCGAGGAGGAACUGGACGGCGGGGGAGCGCCAGGCCAUGGCCCAGAGCAUGCGGGGAGUGGGCUUCAACAGCUGGCUCUCGCAGCGCAUCUCUUCGGAGCGCUCGCUCUACGACAUGCGGCAUCGCAGUUGCAAAAAGCUUGAGUACUCCCUGGAAAAGCUUCCAUCGGUGAGCGUGGUGAUAACUUAUCACGACGAGGAGGCGAGCGUUCUGCUCCGGACCCUGAGCAGCCUCCGGAAUCGGACGCCUAUACUCCUCCUCCGGGAGAUCAUCCUGGUGGACGAUGGCAGCACCAAUGUGGACCCGAAGCUGAGUGACUUCCUGCAGAUCAAGUUCCUCAACAUGGUCAAGCACCACCGACUUGACACCCAGGUGGGUCUGAUGAAGGCUCGAGUUACCGGAGCCCAACUCGCCUUGGCGGAUGUCCUUGUUUUUCUGGACUCGCACGUCGAGGUGACCCAGGGCUGGCUGGAGCCACUCAUUGCCCCCAUUUUGCAAAAUAAUAGGACCUGUACUACACCGAUCAUAGACACGAUCGACUAUGAUAACUUCGCCUACCGGAGGGGCAAGCCAUCCAGGGGCUUCUUCAACUGGGAGUUCAACUACAUACAACUUCCGUUGCUCAAGGAGGAGGCAGUGGCCUUGCCAGCACCCCACAAGAAUCCCAUCAUGAAUGGAGGUCUCUUCGCCAUUGGAAGGCAGUGGUUUUUCGAUCUCGGUGGCUACGACAAGGGUCUGAAAAUCUGGGGAGCCGAGCAGUUCGAACUGAGCCUGAAGAUCUGGUUGUGCGGAGGAAGUAUUCUGGAAGUGCCCUGCUCUCGUGUGGGUCACCUCUACAGGGAUCCAAACUUCCACAUCCACUAUACGCACCAGAAUAAGGAGUCUGAGAAGAAGGUUAUUUCGAGAAACUACCGUCGGGUUGCUGAGGUGUGGUUGGAUGAUUACAAGGACAAGUUAUUCGAGAAAAUGCCCCACCUAACCGUCAUCCAGGUGGGCAGCUUGACUGAAGAGAAGGCUUUGAAAAAGCGACUGCACUGCAAACCCUUCAAGUGGUUUCUCGACCAACUUGGCAAGGAUUUCCUUAAUCUUUAUCCUGUGGUGGAACCAGUAGAUUUUGCCUUUGGGGUUUUGCAGAGUCUGGCUUCCCCCAAACUCUGUCUCGAUCGAUCGGAAGGUAAGCCCGGACAACCCAAGCUAAGUGAAUGCCCUGAUGACCAUACCUUCCCCGAAUCGGAACUGAAAUGGACCCUUACCAAUCACCGGGAGCUGCGUUCGGGACCCGUGUGCCUGGAGAAGCGCAAUCAACAGGGAGAUAUUUAUGUGUUUCAGUGCCACGGCCAGAUGGGCAACCAGUUUUGGUCCUUGAACACAACUAGCCAACAGGUGGUCCAUGGCCAGAUGGGGAGCUCAAGGCGCUGCCUCGAGAUCCAGCCGGACGCCAAAGGAGUGACCACACGAAAAUGCGAUUCAAAUAAUGCCAAGCAACGCUGGAAAUUCGGCUACAAGAACAAUCAUAGACUUCAGCAUUUUUGGGAUAAUGUUAAGACAAGCUAAUUUUUGUGAUAGUGUUUAAUUUUUUAUUGUUAAGAAAUUCAUCUUGCCAUUAUAUAGGUUUGUCAGUAAGUUUAUUUGACUGAGAUACCUUUUUUGCAUCUGACUUUGUAGAUAACUUUCCAAUAUUAACAGUUUUAAGAUUCCAACAACAACUCGACAUCAUACAAAAGUUUAGAUGUUUGUGGCUCCACUAUGGAGCUUCGAAUGGGAGCUCCGAAAAUUCGAACAAUAUAUGCUAAAUAAUACAAGUCGUA